CGGGGACUGCCUGGGAGUCUGUCCUGUCACUGCGUGUAACCGGGUGAGAGGCUGCAGGUGUGACGUUGAGCCAAUGGGUGAAGGUGUGUGUUGGACCUGUGCCCGCGGAUACAGCUGUGACUGAAUGCGUGUGACAGCGGGCCGUGUGGCCAUGACCGUCCGUCUCUGCAGGACUUUAUUCUCCAAAAGAGAACGUUGAAGAAGAAAGGUGGAAUGGCUGUUGGACUUUGUAAAGCCAUGUCCCAGGGAUUGGUGACCUUCAGGGAUGUGGCUUUGGAUUUUUCCCAAGAGGAGUGGGAACAGCUGGACCCAGCUCAGAAGGAUUUAUAUAGAGAUGUCAUGUUGGAGAACUAUAGGAACUUGGUAUGGCUUGGACUCUCCAUUUCUAAGCCCCAGAUGAUCUCCUUGUUGGAGGAAGGGAAGGAACCUUGGGUGGUGGACGGAGAGACGUCACAUGGUCACUGUGCAGAUUGGGAGUCUUGGUAUGAAAUCAAACAGUUAUCUCCAAAAUUGUACAUUGAUGAAGAAGAAAUACCCCCGAGGGUGAUAAUGGAAAGACUUACAAAUUAUGACCUUGAAUGCUCCAGGGUCAGUGAAGCCAAGGAAUGUGAGGACGUAUGUGAUCAGCAUGCGGGAAAUCGGGAGAGGAAUUUCAAGCAAAUGACAACUCUUGAAGAAAUCUCUUCUGUGAAAAGAGACAAUGACUGUAGUAAUUCUGAGAGAAGCAUUUUCUUCAAGUCAGUAAUUUUAACACAACAGACAGCUCCCACAGUAGAGGAAGUACAUAAAUGUGAUAUUUAUGAUAAAAUGUUCCCUCCAAAUUCAGUCUUAAUUGAAAAUAGAAGACUACAUGCCGAGACAGACUCUUUGCUACAUAGUGAAUAUGAAAAAUUCAAUCAGAAUACAUACCUUAGUAAAGAUACAGGAUUCCCUCCUAGGGAGAAAUCUUACGAAAAUACUGAUUUUUCAAAUCUUUUAAGCUUCCACUCAUUACUCAAUCAGCGUCAAACAACUCAUUUUGGAAAAUUAGCCCAUGGUUACGAUCAAUGUGGCAAUGCCUUUAGCUAUUACUCAUUCUUUGCUCAAGCUCAGAGACUUCACAGUGGGGAGAAACUAUAUGCAUGUAAUGACUGUGGAAAAGCCUUUAGCCAUGGCUUCUUUCUCACUGAACAUCAGAGGACUCAUAUUGGAGAGAAACCAUAUGAAUGCAAGGACUGUAACAAAGCCUUCAGGCAGAGCGCACACCUGGCUCAACACCAGAGAAUCCACACUGGAGAGAAACCUUUUGCGUGCAGUGACUGCGGGAAGGCCUUUAGUCGUUUUGCCUUCCUGGUGGAACAUCAGAGAAUUCACACAGGAGAGAAACCAUAUGAAUGUAAGGAAUGUAACAAAGCUUUCAGACAGAGCGCACACCUCAAUCAGCAUCAGCGAAUUCACACUGGAGAGAAACCUUAUGAAUGUAACCAGUGUGGAAAAGCCUUCAGCAGGCGCAUUGCCCUAACUUUGCAUCAAAGGAUUCAUACGGGAGAGAAACCCUUUAAAUGUAACGAAUGUGGGAAGACCUUUGGCUAUCGCUCACACCUAAAUCAACAUCAGAGAAUCCACACCGGGGAAAAACCCUAUGAGUGCAUCAAAUGUGGGAAGUUUUUUAGGACCGACUCACAACUUAAUCGACAUCAUAGAAUUCACAGCGGAGAGAGACCUUUCGAAUGCAGCAAAUGUGGAAAAGCCUUCAGUGAUGCUUUAGUUCUCAUUCAUCAUAAGAGAAGCCAUGCGGGAGAGAAACCCUAUGGAUGUAACAAAUGUGGCAAAGCCUUCAGUUGUGGUUCAUACCUUACUCAGCAUCAGAGAAUUCACACUGGAGAGAAACCCUAUGAUUGUAAGGAGUGUGGGAAAGCCUUCCAUCAGGUCUUGUCACUGAGGCUGCACCAGCGAAUUCACGCUGGAGAAAAACCCUAUAGCUGCAAUGAAUGUGGGAAUAAUUUCAGCUGUGUCACAGCCCUUAGGCGACAUCAGAAAAUUCACAAUAGAGAAACUCUCUCAUUAUAACAAGUAUAAGAAAGAAUUGCUCACCAGUCAGUCCUUAUUAACUAAAAAUCAACGAAUUCUUUGCUCAGUAAUUUUAUGAAUCUAGUACCUGUGGGAAAACCUUCAGCUCAUGAGCAUCCUUACUUAAAAUUGCCUGAAUGAUAGACAUUUACUUUUUGAUCUGUUUUAUGCCCUAUUUGAGACUUAGCUCACCCUCAGUGCUUAUGAUUCUGAUGAAACUGUUAGCAGUGGGUUGGCCAUAGUCUGGUUAAUUUCCUCCACCCAGUGAUGAUAAGGGAUUGGCAGAUGACCCUUUCUGGACCUGUAGAGCUCUUGGGGGGGAUGUGUUUUUAUGGGUAAUCAGAGCAAAUCUUGUUUUCUCUGGAAAUACAAGUGUCAAGAAUUUAGUAAGGUUAACAAUUCACUGGUAACCCUUUAUUUUGCCAUUACAUUAGGAAAGCUUCCUCAGGAUCCAACACAGAGCAUAGUGGAGAGGAGAAACAAGUCCAGCGACAUUGUUGGCUCUCCUUAGUCUGCUCGUGCCUGAUGACUAUGCCAUCCUUUUUCAUUUUUGUGAGCCAAUAAAUUUCCCUUUUUUGCAUAAGUUAAUUUGAACUGGAUUUUUGCCUCUUGGACUUAAUCCUGACUCAUAUACCAUAUGUUUGCUACUGUGAUGUCAAUGCUUAUCCCAACAACAAAACUUAAGUAUGGAAAGUUGAAUGCACAAUUUCCAUAAAGCUGAGAAAUUGUUCCAUUUGUUGAUAAAAAUUAAUUUGAUAUUUAUUAGUCUGUUCAUAAUAAGGCUGGAGCUUUAAAAAAUUCACCUGGUAAAACUCAUUAACAGGCUUUCUGAUAAGGAAUUAAAAAAUAAUUUGUGGCAGUGGCCAAGCAUAGAGCUUUAUUUAUUUUUUAAAAGAUUUAUUUAUUUUUAUACAAGAGCUGGGGUACAGGCCAGAGGCGCAGGAGGGUGGGAGGAUUCACCAGAGACAGAGUGGGGAACAGAACAGGCAGACUGAUGAAAUACACUGCUGAGGGGAGCAGCUGUGGGCGAGACAGGAGAGGUCUGCCGCACCAUGUGAGAUUCUCUCCAGCCGGCUGGGAUUGAACCUGUGCUGCAGAGGCUGCAAACAGCUUCACAGCGCUGUGCUCAACCCCCUGAGCCAUGGGGGGGGGGGCACAGAGAGAUUUAAAGAAGAAUGCAAGGUAAGAGAAUAAUGGAGUAAUUGACCCCUUUGUUUAAUUAGUGGCUCUUCAUCUUAAAGGAAUAAUGUGAUUUUCUGCUUUCAGUUUGAGUUUAAAUAUAUUGUAUGGUAGAAUAUGAAUGAUAGGAAGUUGUAAAUGGGGCCAUCUUUUGUGGGUGGUUGUAAACUUGAUCUAAGAGGGUUAUGGAUAACUUCUUUGGAGCUAGAGAUAAUCAGAAGAGACAGAAAGAAUGGCCUAUGCCCAAGUAAUGUGCAAAAGUAAAGCAGUUGGAGCUUACAGUUUUUAGAGUCCAGAGGCUCGUUCACCAUGAGAAACCUGAGGGUAGAUAAAACCUGUUUUAUCAGAGUGGAUGUAAACUUUGUGAACUCAGGGAGGUAAACUUUGAUGACAUGUAAAUAUAACAACCUUGAACAGUUGGAACAGUUGAAUGUUGUCUGGAGAACUUCUAUAAAAACAGACCAGAAAUGAAUUUGGAAAAGAGUGAAGGAUUUACAUAUGUGCAUGGAAAACAAUGACUGUACUAGUCAAUUUAUUAGUCAGUUUAUCCUUAUAUAUAACUGAAUAUUUUUCUAAAAUAGUAAGACAGAUUUCUUAAAAUACUAAGACAGCUUAAACUACAGAUUUAGUGUAAUUGAAUACUUCAAACCUUGACAGAAAUAUCAAACUAAUGAAGAAUCUGACUUUUUCACUAACUUGAUUUUUUUCACUGAAGUGAAAUAGACAAAACAUAUUGUUUUCAGGUGUACAACAUAAUGAUUUGAUAUUUGUAUAGAUUGCAAAAUGAUCACCAAAAUAAAACUAGUUGAUGUCCAUUCCCAUACAUAGUCACAAAGGUUUUUUUUCCUUGUGAUGAGGGACUUCUCAGAUCUACUUAGCAACUUGCAAACAUACAAACACUGUGAAGAUUAUCCACAGCCUCUGCAGCAUGAGUCCGAUCCUUGGCGGCCAGCCAG